AUAAUAAUAAUAAUAAUAAUAAUAAUAAUAAUAACACUUUUGAGACUAUUUUUCCCAGCUAUUCCCCUCUAAUUAAUUUUGAAUUAGAGAGAAAUAGUGAUAAUAGUAAACCUUCUAUAACACAAUUAGAUUCUAUUACUAAUAAUAACGAACAAAUAUCACUGCUUGAAACUUCACAAAACCAACCUUUAACUUUAUUACAUCAGAACCAGCCAAGUAUAUUAUGUAAUAACUUUAUUAUGCUUAAUAAUGCACAAGAUCACCUAAAAUAUCAACAGAAGCUGCCAACUAUAGCACGCAUGCAAAAUACAAAUGCUACUCAGGGUCGUAAAGUCAGAAAGACAAGACAUAGUGAUAAGCCGACUAUCACAGAAUGUAAUACUCAAAAAAUUAUGCUAAACGAUCCUAAUAGCAGUUUAGCUGGUUUUAAUAUUAGAAUACAUGAACAUCGUCCUAAUAGUAACACUGGCAGUAAUUUAAUAAUGGUAUCAACUGGACAAAAGAGGCCAUUUUUUACAGUAGAUAAUCCAAUAUCAAAUCAAUUAGAAGAAGAAGAAGAAGGGAAAGCAUUCGAAUCUCUUGGCAAUCAACAAGAAAAAACCAAGUUAUUAAUACCCUUUAAUAAUAGUAACUAUAUACCGGUUUUUAUGAAUGAUAUUUCCAUGUUACAACAAUCCUCAACAGAGGUCGGUGAAAGUUUGCUAGACGGUUCUAUAAAUAACUUGUUGUUACAAAACAUUUUUUCUUUGACUGAGCUUAACUAUAACUAUCCAACAUUUUGUUCGUCUAAUGAUAGAGAUACAGAGCAAUGAAAUUUAUCUUGCUUGAUAUAAACAAAUAAAUAAAAA